CCGCCCCUUCCCCGUCCUCGGAACCUUUCCUUUCUGAGUAACAAAAUCCCCCUCCCCCUUUUGCCUCCCCGGAAAACACAUCCAUCUCCUCCCUCCCUCCCUCCACCAGAUUAAGCCUGCCCGCCCGCCCGCCGCUGUGCUCCUCCGAGAUCCUUCCUAGAUCCGUCCGUCGAUCCAUGGCGCCGUCGUCGCCGGCGGCGGCGGCGGCGGUGGCGGCCGAGGGAGACGAGCAGCAGCAGCAGAUCGUGGUGGCCGCGGCGGCGGCGGCGGCGGCCAAGAAGGGCGGCGGGAAGAGGGGCCGGCGCGAGAUGCGGCGGAUCGAGGACGCCACCAGCCGGCAGGUGACCUUCUCCAAGCGCCGGAGCGGGCUGCUCAAGAAGGCCUUCGAGCUGGGCGUCCUCUGCGACGCCGAGGUCGCCCUCAUCGUCUUCUCCCCCCGCGGCCGCCUCUACGAGUACGCCUCCGCGCCAGAUUUGCAGAAAACGAUUGAUCGCUACCUGAACCACACAAAAGGUACAUCUACCAAUGAGAAAACUGUUGAGCAACCAGCUGCUGGCGUCCAGAUGUGUAGAUCGGAAGCUACGGCCUUGAAGCACAAGAUAGACGCAAUUGAGGCAUACCAGAGGAAGCUAUCUGGAGAAGGACUGGGGUCCUGUUCGGCCCAUGAGCUGCAAGAGCUGGAGCUGCAGCUGGAGAAGAGCCUAAGCUGCAUCCGGCAAAAGAAGCAACAGAAAAUGCUGGAUAAAAUCUUGGAGCUGAAGGAGAAGGAGAGAAAGCUGUUGACGGAGAACUCGGUGCUCCGCGAGGAGUACAAGGCGCUGCCUCUGCUAGAGCUGGCCACUGCUGCUGCUGCUGAAAGAUCGCCUGACGGCGCCGGAGCUGAAGAAGCUGAGGAGGACGAGCGGCGGCGGCAUUACAUGGAAGUGGAGACUGAGCUGGUCAUUGGAAGGCCCGGGUCGUCUAGCUAGCAGCAGUAGAAAAUUGAUUGAUUAAAUCUGCUCAAUCGAUCAGUCGAUGAAGAUCGAUGCAAAAAUCGAUCAAAUAUGUUUGUCCAUAUAUAAAAUCAGUUUAAUUAGGUCGGUGUGAGACUGGAGGAUAGCGAUGCAAAAAAUAAUUGACAGGCUGCAGCAAGUGCAGGUCUUAUAAAAAAAAUUGGUCGCAACAUCGAUCUGCAUGCA